AUGGUAAACUGUGCUGUUUUCGGAUGCAGCAAUCGAUCCCACAAAAAAGCCGGCUCUUCGAACAGUGAUACCGUCCGAUUUUUUCGAUUUCCGGCGGUUAUCACAACGUCCUGUUGCAAGACGCGAGACCUAUCAACAGCCCGACGACGCGAAUGGAUCCGCCGUGUGAACCGAGCCGACCUGAAGGAUGCCACUCCGUUUCAUCGGAUUUGUAGCGUGCAUUUCGUGACAGGCAAACCGUCGGCUCUUUUUGACCCUAAUCACCCAGACUGGGCCCCUUGUUUGCUGCUUGGGCACAAGAAGAAGUUUAGUCGGGGAAUUGCCAGGUACAAUCGACUAAAAGCGCGAGACAAAGCCAGGACGAGAUCGCAGAAGGAGCCAGCGCAGCAUGCCUCAAACACCACGGCCGAGCCAGGGUGUGAAGCCGACGACCCCACCACUGAUCCCAAUGCGGGUUACGUGCAUGGAGGAUCCGGCCCCGCAGUGGCCCACACGGCUGAACGGUCAGCCGCAAACACCACGCCGGAGCCAGGACCUGACGCCGACGACCCCUCCACUGAACCCGAUGCGGGUUACGUGCAUGGAGGAUGCAAUUCCACAAUGAUCCACACAGCUGAACGGUCAGCCGCAAACACCACGCCCGAGCCAGGACCUGACGCCGACGACCCCAUCACUAAUCCCGAUGCGGGUUACUUGCACGGAGGAUGCAACCCCGCAAUGGCCCACACAGCUGAACGGUCAGCCGCAAACACCACGCCCGAGCCAGGACCUGACGCCGACGACUCCAUCACUAAUCCCGAUGCGGGUUACUUGCACGGAGGAUGCAACCCCGCAAUGGCCCACACAGCUGAUCUGCCUGCCACGAGCACAAUAUGUGCUGAAGUCGUCUCAAUCAUGGAGAAGCCCGUAGCAGACAAGGGAAUGCAAGCUGAUGAUGGGGCACAUAAGCAAGUGGUACAAUAUCAGAAAGAGUUGAACAUCCUACGACUGGAAGUGUACUUCCUACGUGAAAAUCUGGAGAGGAAAAGCGUCACGGAGGAAACCUUUCAAAAUAACGAGGAGCUGACAAAAUACUACACUGGGCUCCCCAACUUCAGCAUGCUCCACAUGGUAUUUAAACUAGUGAAGCAGUUGAUUUGA